AUGCGCCUGGAUGGCUGCAAUGUCUUCGAGCUGCUGGACGGCGUCCUACGGGCACGCUGUAUCUCCUCCCAGGGCGUGGCUUUCAGGAAAAGCCCGACUUUGGAGGAUCGUGAGCUGAUGGUUAUGGGGCCCGUCUUGCAAGAAGUCGUGGACGUCGUGGAACGAGUGGGCACUUGGAUACGUUGCCAGAAUGGCUGGCUUCCGCUGGCGAUAGGCGGGCAGCCAGUCUUCGAGCUUUUCGCGGACUUCACCGAAAAGGAGAGGAUUCUUGGACACCUGGACAUGGUUCUUGGUUUGAUCCCCAGCAAAGUUUCCAGUCUUUCCGCAGCAUCUCUGAAGCCCGUGCGAAUUUGCAUCAGGCUCUCCGAGACUAACGCUGAGCUUGGCAGCGAUGUCUGGUAUUUCGCUUUGGGUGACGAUCGACCAGCCACCACGAAGCUCUCGGCCUGCAUCUUCCUGCAAAUAGGCACCGGAAAGACCUUUGUUCUUCCGCCCUGUGCGGUGCGGCCUGGCCGAAAGCGAUUGGCCGGUGGCAGAGGUAUUCUCCUACGUUGUCGUGCAGCCUCUGAGGCCUUCGGCUCCGGCUUUCAUGUCGAGUUGCUGCAAGCGGUGGCCGGUGUCGCCGUCUCAUGGGUCUUUGCAAGGCUGUCUCUGCACUUGGGAUCCCAGGCAUGGUUAAUGCCAGGUGCAAGGGCAGCAGGGCUCCUGGUGGGCUUCAUCUGUGCUCCAGCAGUUGCUCUAAUCCUGUUCCCAGUCCGGGAACUCCACGAAGCAUUCAUUGCGGCAGAACCGUUCUUACCACCCGGAGUACUGCGCAAGGCUUCUGCCGAGCUGUUGGUGACAACCAUGCAAUCGCAGGUGGCUCUCGGGUACGUUGGUGUCUAUGUGCUUCGACAGUCGCAGGCUCGAAAAAACGUUCUGCUGACUGUGGACAAGAGUCGAGCUGCAGGCGAGAGAACACUUUGUAGUACAUUUGUCAAACAUGCCGUUUGGUUCAUGGCCUUCGUUGCGAUCCCGUACCUGCUCCAGCGAAUCCUCGUGGAGAAUGUGAGCGACUUCACCUUCGCCCGCUUUUCCAACAUGGUGGAGACAGGUCUUCGCAUCGGAAGCUUGUUCCCAACGGUGGCCGACCCGAACGGGCCUCGCACAAGCUUGCUGUCUGCAGUGGCAUCGUCGAACCUCACAGUUGAUGCCUACGCGGGCGAGAUCGGCAGCAUUGUGCGAACUGGGCAUUCCAUCGUCGAGCGCGUGCUUUUCACGGUGCCGAAGUUGGCGCUUCUGCCUGGAAUACUUGUCAGUCAGCCGUGGCUCCUCUUGCUGGUUCUGCCUGGGAACAUGGGCCUGGACUUUGUCCGAGCAAAGGCGUUCGCGCACCUCGCAAGUCGCAUGGAAAAACUGAACCGCGAGAUCCAGGAGCUUGCGUCCAGACGCAGCAACAUGGAGCAACACGACACGGAGAGCGCAGAGAUCCUCCAGCGGGUCGGAGCUUCCUCGUUUGCUGAGGUACAAUGGCGCUUGAGGGCGAGGCAUCUCCAGGACAAGUUCUUGAGGCUGCAGGCCCUGCGACUUUUUCGGGGUUUCGUUGACACCCUCUACAUUCAGGAUUUCGUGGCUCCUGGCAUCGAGAUUGCAAUUGCAUACCUUUUGCAGUUCCAGCAAAUCACAGCAGUGGACAUUUGGGUAUACACCCGGGUUGUGGAGGAUGCGCAGAACACUUUGCUGGUCCGCUUCCGCAGGGAGGCAGCCUUGGCCACUGUGAAGACCAAUGUAGAGCGGUUGCAGGCCCUUUCCAAAAGGCUGCAGAAUCGCACGAGACUGCGAUGCAAGGUGGACCCCGGGGCCUCGGCGAUGCAGGUAAAGAACCUUAGCUACAGCCGUGGUUCUCAACUUCAGGUGAGGCUCGGAAGUGUUUCGUUGGAGGCUGGAAAGGCCUAUGCCGUUACAGGAUGCAAUGGGUGCGGCAAGAGCACACUUUUUGGGCUGCUGUCUGCAUGUGGCAAGCAUCAGCCAGAGCUCCCGGCUGGCCUCGAUCAACUGUACUUUGAGAACUCCUUUCUGGCUGGGGUGACCCUGCCAUCGGACGAAAUUGCAGAGAUUCCACAGAAGCUGUACUGUCCUUUGUUCAUUGAGCCUAUGGCCUGGAUGUUCGGGCAUCAUUCGCUCAAGGCAAUAAGAGCGGAGGAUUUAGAAAGCCUUGAAUCACAAGUUCAGCACUUUCUCGCCGAGCUCGACUUUCGUCCUUCAGCAUCUGCGGCUGACAGCCCGAUUGAUCUUCGAGCCGUCAAGGAUGACUGGUACGGAAAACUCUCCGGCGGACAGCGGUCCAAGGCGGAACUUGUCAGACAGAUCUUUCUUCAGCAACGAUGCCCCCAAAUCCUACUUAUCGAUGAGGCGCUCGGACCCCUGGACGCGCAGUCCAAAGCCUUGGUUCAGAGGAAGUUGAAGGCCUUCUGCAACCAAUCGCUGAUACUAGCCAUCCACCACCUGGACGCUCACACCCACUGCGUGGCACCAGGCGGCUUCUUCGAUGACAACCUACACUUCGGGAAAGGAGAAGCCUCUGUCGUGGGCACCUGCGAGGUGCCGAAGACUGAGUGA